CACUUCUAAUUCACAGAGUUAGAGAUCUUCAACACAUAUAUUGAAGAAAAUAAAACUGCAACAGAUGUCAUCUAUAAAUUUCUUCAUGCAACCAAGAACUGUGAAGAAAUUCUUGAUUUGCUGACUGUGAAACAAGACGCUGCUGAACUUGCAGCAAUUUUUACAGCACUUAGCCAUAUACUGCUCAAUAUUGCUGGUGAAUUAAGCGAGUUCAACAGCAUUGGGCUACACAUUACCCAACAAAUAUUGCACAACCAUGAUGCUUCUAUGUAUAAGCUCUUGGGUCCAUCCAAUUCUGACAAAAAUUCAAAGACUGUGCUUCGUUGCCUUACAGGAAUAGUGAUGUUAGGAGGAGAAGCUGCAAACAAGGUAUUAUUAACAGUGGACUGGAAACGAGUCAAUAUUUCUCAUGUUGUGAAUCGUCAGAGCCUGCAAGAUAUUCGUGAUGUUCGUGCUUGGUGCAUCUAUUUAUUUCUUGCAUUUCUUAAUGUCCCAGAUGACCCACAUUGUGUUUUGAAGUUCCUGAAGAAAAAAGAUUUGUUGUCUGCUAUUUUUCCUGGUCUUGUGUGGGAUCCAUGUGAGAGAGUCAUCAAUGUCUUGAAGGUUUUGCAAGAAAAAGUACUACUUAAUCCUAAUGUCAGUAAGACAUUGAAAAUGAAUAUUUUUACACCCAUUACAUCUAAGCCUCUUCUAGACUUGUAUGACUGGAUGGGACCAAUAGGAAAAAUGGCUGAAGGCAACAGUGUACUCGAAAUGGAUAUUCAGAUUGUAGAAGACAUUCAGAGAGAGAGAUCUCAGAUCAAAGACAUGUUACAAAAAUUUCUGCUUACUCUGUACUCUGCAAAAUAUGGAAUUGUUUUCACUGGAAAUCUUCAGUAUGGAGAAAAUAACCCAAAUAACAUGCAUAUAUUUAAUGCGGUGUCUAUGAUGAAGACACCCUGGGAAAAUCCUGAGGGGCGUGAGCUGAUAAGUUGUGUUUUAGGAACCUGCCCCGAUCUUUUGAUGACUUAUCUACUGUCUAUCAAGGAUGUUUUCUCACCAAGCCCCACACAGGCAUACAUUAACCUUGUUGACAUGUUGGUGCAAAUAAUUGAACACCAGAAACCUUGGAAAAACAUGAACACAAAAGGUUUAGAAGGAGUGUUGGCAUUACUUUUGCCACAACCUUUAGACCAUCAGUUACUCCAGUCACUUGUGGAAUCUUGUUACAAAACAUUAAGACACUCUGGACUGAAGCUAGUACUUGCUAUUCUUUCCAAGACCAAAGAAACUAUAGAGAAUAUUUUAAAGAAUAAGUCACUUUCUCAGCAGGUCAAGCAGCAGACUCAGAGAGAAUUAAUAGAAGCAGUUUUUAAAAUUCAGAUGACUGUGGAUAGCAUUAUUCAUUGCUGGAAUAUUGCUACGGGCCAAGAGGUACCAGAUAUCCAAACUGAUGAAAAUAGAAUGAUUCAAAGUGAAACUGCUGACCCAGUUCCGGCCAUUAUCGAACUCUUAACAAUUGUAAAGGUCUUGACUUACUACUCUGAACUAUUACCAAAUCAAACUCUCCAUAAAGCCAUCAAUCCUCUGGAGAUGCUGCAGACUGCACGUGUCUUACCGUGUGAAGAUGUCAACUGUGUAACAAAUGUUAAAGCCAAGUUAGAACUACAGGUUUUGUGCUUAGGUUUCUUAGAAUGUAGCAUAUACAGUGAAGAUCUUCCAACAGAUAGCUCCUUGAGUAUGGAUGGGCAGAUUAAGCAAAUGGAUAAAGAUGCCAUAUAUCAGUUAAUAUGUAUGUAUGCUCAGUCAAAGGAAGAAUUUGUAGUUAAUGAAAAUGAAUCAGUAAUGCUUUCUGUUGCAGAUAAGUGCCUGGAUAUACUAUCAAAUUUCCUUGUUAAAGUAGGACUUUCUUUUCAUUAUAAUAGCGAUAUCAAAAUUUGGUUGAGAUGUAUCUCGAGUACUGGUAUAGUAAAGCUCUCUAUUUUUUUAACUCAAAUAAUUCAGAAAACUGUCUCAUCCCUUAGUCACUAUACAGAUCUUCUUGUUGAAUUAGGAACCAAGCAUCACUUAAAUACAAACAAUCUUGGCCAGAUAUAUUCUUUCAUGAGAGAACUUGAAGCAGUGGAAGUUGUUGACAAUGAAGAUAUUGCUGCACACUCCAUUUCACCACCAUUCUCUCGUUUGAUUCUUGCUGCAGUUGAUUUACUUGGAAGUUACCCAGAUUCAGAAUACAUUCAGUAUUUUUCAGGUGUAAUAAAUGAUUACCUUCAUUCCAUGAGUGACCCAGGUUUUAUAGCAGAUAUACUUCUGCAAAAUGAAAACAUUUUGACUUCAGAUUUGCAAGAUUAUCUCAGGUGUUUAUUUAAAGAACCAAAAUACAGAAAAGAUAAAUAUUCAAGCUCCAUUGAAUGUGUUGAAAAAGCAGGUUUAUCUGAGAUUCUAAAAUAUAUGUUUAUGAGUCACAAUUGGUCAUAUGUGGAGUCAUUGUUGCUCAAAGGAAACAAAUUUAAAGAAUUAAUGGCAAAAACAGAUAUUGAUUUGAUUGUCUCACAGCUCCUCCUCUACCUAUACCUAGACUCAAACACAGAGAAGAGUGGAACUAAGAUUGUGAAAAAAUAUAUAUAUAUAAUAAAGCACAUGAGCACUGUUCUUGAGAAUGAUGGUGCUGAGCAGGUCAUCCAAAUUGUUUUGGAGCACCCUUAUAUUUUAGCAAACUACAAACCAUUUUCUAGUAAGAAAUCUCCAGUUACCGAAUUAGCCCAGGAAUUUAUUAAAUUAGCGCUAGAGGAGCAUUUUAAACUUGCACCCAAAUCAUGUUUGUAUUUUGAAAAAAUUGUGAAAGAUAUUAAAAUAGAAGUAGCUAAUGUAGAUACUAGUGUUGAUUUUUGGAAUCCCUUGGCACCAUUCAUAUUAUCAAAAAAAUCACUUGUAAGCUAUGAAGCAAUUGAAAAGUUACUAGUGAUUUGCCUUGAAGCCCCAAGCCAAACAUGUUCUCUAGAUACUUUAAUUCUUGAGCUGAUAAACCUUUUAAUAAAAUCAACAAGUGCUAAAAGGAAAUGUGCAACCCAAUCAGUACAACUCAUGCUUGCAAGAUUUUUAGACUGGAGCAAGAGUAGCAGUCACACUGCUACACAGGAGAGAAUUCUGAAAGAUCUUGAGAAGCUCCUCACUCUCACCUUGAAAGUAGAUGUUGCCUUCCAUCUUAGUCCAGAUGAGAUGAAGUGCCUUGCCUCUGCUCAGCCACCAUGUGCUGCUUUGUGUUGUCACUUGGUGAGACUACACCCUCCCCAUGGUGUUGUACUUGCAAAGUAUCUUAAAAGACAUAGAACAAUCUUACCAGCUCAGGCUUCCCUUUUAGCAAUGCUUUUGGAGAAGGAAGAAUGUCUUUCUACAGCAGAGGCAGCUCUUGCAAAGGUGGCUGAUGUUAUUAAGAUGUGGGCUCUUGAUAUGGAUGGUGAUGAUGAUGAUGAUGAUGAUACAACAGGCAAACUUCUUGCUCUUGCUUUAAAAAAGGGCAUGAUUGAUGAGAAUUGUAUGUCCAAGAUCUGCUGCCAGCUUUAUGAGAAGGUCAUCACUAAAAGGCAAUCUCCACCUAAGUUGUUAGCUUUAAUUCCAGUUUUUUAUAAGUUGUCUGAAGUUGGGCCAAUACUGCCCAAAUUUGAUCUGCCAGAAGAACAUAUAGCAUUACUACAUAUAUGUUUAAAGUACAUUCAAAGCACUUACCAGAAAGAGCUACGGAAUACCAGCCAGUUGAUGAAUGUGUCUAAAAUUAUAAACAAAAUUCUUCCCAAACUUGAUGAACACUCACUCCGAAGUACCCUGGCCACCAACAAACUGUGGCCAUCUUUUGUAAAACAGGUACUGCGGAUUGGUCUAGGUGACCAGAACUUAGGUCCUCAGCUGCUACAUAUUUUAAGUCUCUUGUGUGAAGUUCUGUAUAAAAAAGAAAGCCAAAGGAAAUUGAAUGAAGAGAAGAAUAUCCUGCCUGUAACUACCCUCUAUCAACUGAUCAUAGCACAUACACAAUACCUGCCUCUCAUGUUCAACAAAGCAAAAAUAUGGGGGAGACUUAAAGAGCAAGUAAUUGCCUUGCAGCAAACCCUUGUAGAAUGUGAAGAGUGUGUGUGUCGAGAGUACCACAUUCCCAUCUUGUUAGGGGCAUAUGAAGCCUCAAUGUCAGCAGUGGAUCAACGAAUCUUGAAGCUACUCUACACAUAUGAAAGAAAAGGUUACAUGUAUAGCUGUCAACCAGUACUCUGGAGUGAUGCUGCUAUUGCUCACUUUGGGGUGGAGUCCUCAGGGUUUUGCCUCUUCAAAGAACCUUCUCCUGAACAAAUAUUGGGUUUACUAGAUAUGGAGAGACUUAUGCAGACUUGUUAUACGUUUGACACCAGACUUUCUUUAGAGCCAAUAGAUGUACAAAAAGAAGACCCAUCUGUCUAUGACAUGCGCUUCCUCAUACCACUGAUGUUGUACUUAGCUGAAAAGAAUAUGCCAGAGAUUGAUUAUGCUGAGUAUGGUGCAGUAGCUAUUGGCUUUAUAGCAAUGACCUCUCACCAGCGAGAUGUUUGGGGUGCUGGUGCUGCUAUACUGAGAUGUAUGGUAGAGAAAAUGGAAAAAUCUAGCCACCAGCGACUAAAAUUGCCAUGGAUGUGGUUGGUGGGUGUCGUCAGCUAUGCGCUUGAAGGAAAACAGCGACGUCUUCCAGCUCUAACAACUCAUUUCCUUAUUCGUGCAUCUCAGCUUCUCUCACAGCCGAGACAUCCCAUGUAUCAGCCUGUCCUCAACUAUCUCUUCCUCAAACCUGCUUUCAAACUGUACUAUGUUCCAGAAUUAUUUGAAUUUUUUUCUUCUGCUCAUGUUCAGCACAAUAGGGAGCAUAGAUCAUUCCUCUUGACAACACUUGCGACUGGUAUUCGACAGAUUCUUGAUUAUAGCAUUUGUCAACGAACAUUCACUAGUACCUUGGUAAUAUCCAUGCUGCAAGCCCCUUCAGUUGACACUAAACUCAGGGUGCAAGCCCUUGAAGUAAUAGAAGCAAUGGUUUGCAUUCCUCUUGGGGCAGUAGAGCUAACAGCAAACCAGAAUUUACUAACUGUGCUGCCAUUAGUUGUCUUACCUGGCCAUACUGUUAUACAUAAACUUGAUGCAUUAAGAGAAACUGCAUCUAGUAUUCCCAUACUUGCAGCAGCAGUUGUGAAAGUUCUAUCAGCUUUAUGGUCUACAUUAAUGCACAGUAUCACAAGAGAAGAUUACAGUGACAAAAAUCACAUUGAUAAACCAGAAGAUACAGUACUAGAAUCAGAAGAUAAAGUUGAUAAGAAGAGAAAAUUUAAUGAAACUUUUCCUGAUUACAGGAAGAAAUCAAAGAAAGAAAGUAUUUAUUUUGAUUCUGAUACUCUCAAAUCGAGUUCAGAAGUUUUGUAUACAGAGUUAAACAGUGAGACCAUAUCAAGUAAAACUUUAGAACCAAGAAAGAAAAGGCUUCCUUCACUGUUUGUUCAUGAAUUUAUAAAUUGUUUGACCCUCCUUGUACCCACCAUUUUGGAGUAUGCUUCUCCAGCUGUUACAGGAAAACAUCUUUGGCUCAUUGCACAAUCUGUGCAAUAUGUUGAUACGGUCAUAGAAUAUUCAAGCAAGACACGUAAACUGUGUGCAGUUGCCAUGGCCCCUGAAGUAAUUAAACAACAGAUUUAUGACCAAAUAAACUGGGACCUGUUAUAUAAUCGUCUUCAGGAACAUUUAAGUAGUGAAGAUGAGGUGAGAUUGCUUGGCAGUAAAGUGAAAGAUAUGUGGAAUAAAUGGCAAAGUGAACCUCUGAAUCAGCACCUGCAGAAGGAAGAAAGGACAGCAGCAGCUGAGGAAAACAGAGAAGAGGAACAUCAGUACUUAAAGCAAUCAGUAUUAACACUUUUGAGUACAUUGGGUAAAUGAUGUGCAAUAUUUCUUUUAUGGAUAAUAGUGCAUAUGCAGGAAUACCCAACUAAGAAAUUUGAAAAGUCAGAUUUGUUCCCCAGUAAGACCCAAAAUUUCAAUCUUAUGAAAUUUUUCCAAAAUUUAAAUUCAAAAAUUGUCCUCUUCAGAAAAUUUAGAAUUUCAGAUAUUCCAUAUUUUGUAGAUUGUUCAGAAUUUAAAUUUUUCAGAAUUUGUAAUUUUCAGAAUUUUGGAGAUCAUUCCAAACUUCACAUUUAUUUUCUGUAAGCUUAAAUACAAUAGAUGUUACAAUAAUUAUGCACAUAUACACCUGUACACUACUGUAUACAAAAUAAAAUAUUUUCUACA